AUGACUGACUCGGAAGCAAGUUCUUCUAAGGAACGAGAAGAUGUCGUUCUCGGAGGACCAACUUUUUUCAAGCCUGUAAAUAAUAAUCCUACGGGGCCGAUGUCUGCUUACUCUUUCAGUGCUGCAUCAUCAACGAAUAUGGGUGGUACUGGCUUAAAUACCGUUACUAAGAAAGUCCUCUCCAAAAUUCAAGAUGUAAUUUCCUCAACACUGCUCGUAUUGAUUGAUGCGAAAAGCAAACAUGGAUGGAAGAGCUACUUGAUGAUCUUGACCUUGUAUAUUUAUAUAUGGAUUGGUUCCAUUGUGAUUGGACUUGAAGGUGAAUAUAAUUUUGGACUCUAUGGUUCAUGGAUAUGGAGAGCUUUCAAUUAUUUGGUCACUUUCUCAUUCAAUGCCAUUCCAUAUGAAGCUGCCAUUGCAUUAUCUUCUUUAUGUAUUCUCAUAUCCAUUUCAGUAUUAUGUCUAUUUCUCUAUACAUCAAGAGUUUAUCACAAAGCAGAUCGUUCUAUCAAGACCAUUCAAUCAUUGGUCAAAAUAUUGGGAUUUGUUAUUUAUUUUGGACAUUUGGUCAUGACAUAUUUGAUGACUUCAUUCAUUGAUUGCAAUUAUUCAAGUUCAGUUACUUUUGAUGGAUUCAGUGAACCUCAAAAAGUUUUGAAUCGAUUUCCAUCUUACAUGUGUUUCUCUUCAAGUAAUAUUGCAUUGAUUGUUUUGAACUUUUUGGGAAUUAUUUGUUUAAUGUUGAGCAGCAUGGUGUGUUGCUUCGUGUUGGGAAAUUGUCACAUUCGAAAUGAGAGACCAUUCAUUUCAGACAAUUCACUCUUCAUUGGAAGUGUUUUGGUCAUUUCAGAAAUUCAAAUCACAUUGAAUGCCAUCAUUCCAAACUCAUUCAUGUUUGUGAAGAGUAUUCUUCAUAUUCUUCUCUCAUUCACACUUUUUGUCAUGCUCUUGUAUUUACUUCCAUAUUAUCGAAGAUAUGAAAAUUCAUUGAUUGGUGCUCUAUGUUUGGGAAAGACAUUUAUUUGUGUGUUUCCAUUGAUUUCAUUUCUUGUGAAUUCAAAGAAUGAAUGGGAAAUGGGUUUAGCAUUUGCAACUUCAGCUUUUGGAAUGUUUCUGAUUGGAUUUUUAAUUGGAUUUUUCAUUGUUGAAAUUUAUACAAGAGUUCUUUACAAAAUGACAAGACUCACCAUCAUGCAAGCAGUGGUUGAAUGUGCAGUCUUAAUUAUUGAUGAUGGAUUCUCAGCUGAAGAAAGAUUUCAAGCCAUCAAGAACUUGUUUGAGAAGGAAGCGAUUGCUCUCUUUAAAGACAUGGAAGAGAGAAAACAAAUUCGAAAUUUGGAAUUAUUUCUCAAAUUUUGUAUAUUUUCAGGCAAUGAAGGUAAUGAUGACACUUUUGGAUUUUCAGACAAGGAUAUGGCCAUUUGUAUGAUCAAAUCUGUGUCUCAACACAAAAGAUUUCAACACAAGAAUCUUCUCGUUUCUUCAAGUUUGUUGUGUGCUUACUUUUGGGAUAUGGAUCGUCAAGUCACAUUCACAAAAUCACCAAAAUCAUAUUGCAUUUCUUCACUUGAAUAUUCUCAAACUCUUUUGAAAAGAGUGAAGAAUGAAAAGAUGGGAAUUUUAUUGAAUUUCAUGUUGAAAGAAAAAUUGAAACAAAUUCAAGAUUCCCUUCGAAGAGAGAAAGGUGAUUCCAAAGAUUUUUCAACAGUUUUAGACAUGUCUGAAAUGUUGAAUCGACUUGAAAAAGAUACACUCACCAUUGUUCAAUGCAGAAAAUUGGUUUGGAAAGAAUUAAUGAAUGACACUGUCAAUGAAAAUAGAGUGUUGGAAAUCAAUCGAGUGGCAUCCUCUCUCAUCAUGGAAUGUGAAGAGACUUUUGAAAAUUUGAUGAAACUCUUCUCUGAAGAAAAGAGUGUAUUGAGAUUAUAUGCAAGAUUCAAUGAAGAAGUUCUCUUCAACAGUGACAAGGCAUCUGAACUCUAUCAAGAUGCUCAAAGUAUUGAAGAUGAGGAUGCAAGAAGGGGUCACGAAAAGCCAAGUAUUAUGUCUCUAGUUAAACAUUCAACAGGGCUGUUGAGAGCUAGCGCUAGCAGUAUGUUAAUGGAGACCAUUACGCGUAAUAUUGCUAAUAGAGUGACACCGUUGGCUCAGGUGAACAGUGCUAGUGUUAGUAAUAAUAUUGUUGGCCUAAAUGGACUUAAAGGAAUAUCUAAGGAGCUUAUUGAGGACUCCGAUCAACUGGAGUUAUCUGAAGCUGGAGAGAGCCCUGAAAUGAAAAAAGAGCUCAUGUACAAGUCGACUAUUGCAACAGCUGAGAACAAUCUACUGCCAUAUUUUAUCAUUCUCACAUUCAGCACAAUUCUUUGGUUAUUGUUUUUAGCAAAAGUGGUAUUGGCCCUUGUGACAUUGAAUACAGCCACACGAGAUUUAAACACAAUUCAAAAAGCAUGUGCUCCUUCAGCUCGUUCUCUGGCCAUUAUUUCUGAUUUGAGAGUUCAUCAAGUUGUUUCAGCACUUUUUGGAACAUAUUCCACUAUUCCUGUAUCAUUAUCAUCACAGGGUAUUAAUAACACCAGUGAUUAUGACAAGGUUUACCAAGAACGAAUAGGUUUAGCAUUAAGUUCCUUUUAUAAUCUUCAGUCAAUGGCUAUGGAUGGAAAAUUGGACCCUCACAUGUCAUUUGAAUAUUCUGCCGACUCAUUUAUGGUAUAUUAUCCUGAAAUUCCUCAUCAAAAUUUAUACGGAUAUUAUCUCAAUCCUCGCCCAAGAAACAUUAGCAUUUCAACACUCACUAAUUCCUUUUUGCAACACUCAGAGACAUUGAAAUCGUUGAAAGGAAAUGAUUUCAACAGAACUCUUCUGACGGAUUUUCUAUUGAUGUAUAUAUGGCAUAACAGAGGUACCUUGUCGCAGAAUUUUGGAACGUUUUGUGACCAAAUUUCUGAUGAUGUUAACGGUACUGUUACUACCUAUCAAAGAAGUUUUAUAUACUACUGCAUUUCAUCUCUCGUUGUGGGUGCCAUUCUCUGCCUUGGUAUCGCUGGGCUGCAGAGCGUUUUUUCUUUUAAACUUAGAAAGAUUGUUAAACUGUUUGAAAAGUCGAUUCCUAAAGAAGCUAUUGGAAAGAUAUAUCAUUCAAUUAAGGCAAACGAUCAAGAAUCUAAUGUCAGUAAUGGAUUAUGGCAAAAUCCAAUGCUCCGAAACGCCAUUUUGGUGUGUCUAUUGACUGUUAUAUUCAUGUUGUGCUCUUUACCUAUUUUAUACGUGACCAUCUCAACAACAAACAAUGCAAAUGACAUUAUUGGCAACAUUCAAGGUUCCGUGAACGUAGCUGCAUCUGCACAAAUUACCUCGCUACAUAUUGGCGAGAUUUAUGCCUUUGGAAUUUUGACACCUAAUACGUAUCCUAUGAACUCGGAGUUGCUACUUAGCCAAAAUGAAACCCAAAACUAUCAUGAAGGAAUCGAUGUUCUAACAACGAAUUUAGAGAGAUAUUGGGAUCAUUUAAUUUUUGGAAACAAUGGCAAGCCUUCUCUUGUUGGAAAAUAUUCUGAAAUAGACACUCUCCUCAAAGGCCGUAAUUGUACCCAAUUCAAUGUUACUACUUCCUCGAAAUGUGUUGGACUUAAUGACCUAAUUCACAGCUUUCUUUUGAAGUCUAUUGAAAUUAAUGAAGUCUAUGCCUCCUCCCAAAAAGAUGUACUUAAAGUGUUUGAUCAAUUUUUCACAGGUGUAUAUCUAGCUUGUAAUAAGAUAACAGAUGGAAUGCUGAAUUUUAUUGAGGUUUAUGUUGCAAGUGUUCAAAGGGAUGACAGCCAAACUUGGACGAUUAUCAUUGGUGUUAUUGGACUGGUGCUUCUUCCUAUUAUAACGAAUAUGUAUGUGAGAGGAACCUCAAGACAUUUUUCUGAAAUUCAAUGCUUGAGAAUGAUGUUAAACUAUGUCAAAGUUGAAAACAUUGACGCCAAAGAAUCUCUCAGAAAUUACAUUCUCUUCCAUCAGCUCAACUGGAGCAAGAAAAAACAUGGUACUAUCAACGAUGAUGACAAGGUUAGAAACGUUCUCAAUGCAACGGUAGAUGGAGCUGUAUUGUGCAAUCAAGAAUUUGUUGUCGAUAUUUACAAUCCAUCAGCACAGAGAAUGUUUGGAAAGAAUAUGAAUGAAGUUGUUGGACUUCCUCUCUGGAAUUUGUUUGGACAAGAAAAUAAGGAAAGAAUUCAAACCUCUUUGAACCACAUGAAAAACAAUACAGGAAGUAUUGUAAGUGGUGAAACAUUGGAAAUUGAAUGUUCGAGAAAGAAUGGAACGAAAUUUCCAGCGAAAUUGAAUAUUUCAUGGACUACCUUUGAUGGAAAACCAGUAUUCGUUUGUUUCAUCAAGGAUAUUACCACUGAGAAGAAACAAAAUUCACUUCUUGCUGAAGAAAAGAAAACUUCAGAGAAUCUUUUGAGAAAUAUUUUACCUGAAUCAGUGGCUAAAAAAUUGAAAAAUGGAGAAACAUUUAUUGCAGAAAAGCUUCCAGAUAUUACAUGUUUCUUUUCUGACAUGGUUGGAUUCACAAAACUUUCAAGUUCCAUGAAUGCACAUCAAGUAGUGAAAAUGUUGAGUGAUAUUGUGAAUGGAUUUGAUUCAUUGACUGACAAGUAUGAAUUGGAAAAAAUCAAAACGAUUGGAGAUGCUUAUUUCUGUGUUGGAGGAUUGCAUCAAGCCAGUGAUCAUGCAGAAAGAGUGUUGAGAUUUGCCAUGGAAACUUUUCGAGUGGUGAGAAAUUACAAUCACAAAAUGAUUUUGGAAAUGAUUGGUACAUCUGUAGGAAAUGAUUCAAAUACUCAUGGCUUAAUUUCAAGCUCUUCAUCGAACAAUAAUUUAAUGUCACCCACCACAACUUCAGCAACUGAUCAUGUCAUUCAUCAAGUGGAUAUUCGAGUUGGACUCAACACAGGAGCUGUAGUGGCAGGAGUGAUUGGAACUAAAAAGUUUGCGUAUGAUUUGUGGGGAGACACCAUCAAUGUUGCUUCUCGAAUGGAAUCAACAUCAUUGCCAGGACGAGUUCAAAUUUCUCGUUCCACCUAUGAGAGAGUUCAUGAUUUGGAUUUACAAUUUGAAGAACGAAAAAUUGAAGUGAAAGGAAAAGGAGUCAUGCAAUCUUACUUGUUGAGCGACAAGGCACACGAACGAGCAGUAUUGACCUCUCAAGAAAUUGACGAAUUGGCUGAAGAAAGAACGUUCGAGUAG